AUGGCGAUCGAAUCAAUCUCCUUCCUGUCGGCGGCCGACGACGGCGUCGAAUCGCGUAGGGACGCCAAGCGGCCGAGGCAGGCCUCCGGCGACCAAGAGGACCACGCCGCCGCGUCCUCCCUCGUUCUGCUUGCCCGAGGCGGCGGCGCCGCCGACGCCGCCUCGACCUCCGGACGCGCUGAAUCAGGCAAGAAUUUACCCUACGCGUGCGACUUCUGCGGCAAGGCUUUCCCGUCUUACCAGGCUCUCGGCGGCCACAAGACCAGCCACCGGGUCAAGCCGCCGUCCGCCGCCUCGUCGGUGAUCCAAGAUUCGUCAACCUCCGGUGGCGGCUGCGUUCCCGGUCGGAUUCCGGCUCUGAGGGUUCACCAGUGCCCGGUCUGCCACCGGGUCUUCCCCACCGGACAGGCCUUGGGCGGCCACAUGCGCAAGCACUACGAUGGGGUGAUCGGGAAAAACGCCGCCGCUAAACGUGGCGCCAAGUGUGUAUCCGAGGAAGGCAGCGGCGCUAGCGGCGUCACCUCCGCCGACGGGGGCGUCGACGACGUGGUGGCCCCCGUUCGCCUGAAUUUCGACCUGAACCUGCCGCCGCCGUCAGAGCAGAGCGUGGGGCUCAUUAAGUUUCUUUAA